ACAAGAAAUCCAUUACUAUUUCAACUCUUUUAAGAGAAAAUAUGGGGUUCUCACUAAAGCUCUGUCCAUUGGUCUUCCUGCUUUCGUUUUUCCUUGCUUUUUCGUUCUCUUUAUCGUUUUCUUCUUCUUCAGCAACACAGCUCUGCUCUCACGAGCAUGCCACAGUGUUGUUGCAAUUCAUUAGUGCUUUUUCCAUCAAUAAGAGUGCUUCUUCUGAGUGUGAAUAUUUUUCUGGUGUCAAAUCUUACUCUAAGACACUGUCAUGGAAGGAGGGUACAGAUUGUUGCUUCUGGAACGGGAUCACAUGUGACAAUGUCACAGGUAAUGUAAUUGAUCUUGAUCUCAGCUGCAGCAAUCUUUAUGGCUCCUUCCCUUCUAACAGCAGCCUUUUUCUCACCAAAAGCUUGCAAAGGCUCAAUCUUUCCUUUAAUGAUUUUAAGCUUUCCAAGAUUCCAAGGGAAAUUGGUCAGUUUGUGAGCUUAAAGCACCUUGACCUUUCUUAUUCCGAGUUCUCAGGACAAGUUCCAAACGAGAUCUCCCACCUUUCUAACAUGUUAGAGGUUCUAGACAUUGGCAACAACAACAUAAAGGACACAUUUCCCUAUUGGUUGGAAUCACUUCCCAAGCUACAAGUGCUUAUUCUAAGGUCAAACAAAUUUCAAGGUUUUGUGCGCGACACCAAAGCAAAUUCAUCUUUCUCCAAGUUACGGGUUUUGGACCUAUCUAACAAUGAUUUUUUUGGUCCUUUGCCUGUGCACUUCAUUGAAAAUCUCAAAGCUAUGGUAAAUCCUCUUGAAGAUGACAACUCCGCACAAUACAUGGGGGGAAGUUUCUCAUAUGAAUAUUCAAUAGUUGUGAUAUUGAAAGGAUUGAGCAUUGAAUUGGAGAAAGUUUUGACUGUAUUUACAAGCUUUGAUCUCUCAAAAAACAAGUUUGCGAGAGAGAUUCCAAAAGUUAUUGGGAAGCUUAGUUCUCUUAAAGGACUUAAUCUUUCCUAUAACAACUUUAGUGGUCAGAUUCCACAUUCACUUCAGAACUUGACCAAUCUCGAAUGGUUGGACCUAUCUUCCAAUGAGCUGGUCGGGGAAAUUCCACAGGAGUUGGUAUCUUUGACAUCACUCUCUGUUCUAAACCUUUCCAAUAAUCAACUUGUCGGAUGUAUACCACAAGGCAAUCAAUUCAACACCUUUGGAAACAGUUCGUAUGAGGGAAACCUUAGAUUAUAUGGAUUUCCAUUAACAAAAUCUUGUGAUGGAAAUGGGCUGCCGCAACAACCACCAAGCUCCUUCCAUGGAAAAGAUCAUGAGUUAUGGGAAUUUGGUUGGAGAGUUGUGCUUCUAGGGUAUGGAUGUGGAUUUGUGUUUGGACUACUAAUAGGGUAUCUUACCUUCCAUAAUGGAGAACCAAAAUGGUUUGUGACUUUGUUUAAUGGCCAACAAAAUCAAAGGGCGAGGAAUGUGAGGAAAGCUCGAACACGUGCUCAAAGAAGAAAUUAAUUGCAAAUUUGGUGACCAAGACCUCAUUGUUUCCUAAAUGUUCUUGUUUUAAUUGAAUUGUGUUUUUUAUGACAGACAUUAUCUUUUCAUCUUCUCUAUGUACUUUUAAUUCUCUUUGUUAAAACAUAUAUUUAAAAGGUCAACUCAAAAUAAUUACUGUUCAAUACAAUAAACUUGAAAUUUCUAU